AUGAAGUUCACCUCCGCUCUCGUUCUUGCCAUCGGCCUCGGUGUCGCUUCCGCCUCUCCAGUUGUCGAGAAGCGCGCUUCCACCAGCGACAAGGCCAACAUCGGCUACGCCACUCUCAGCGGCGGCACUACCGGUGGAGGCUCUGCAUCCGCCGUGACUGUCACCACUUUGUCCGCCCUCAAGUCCGCCGUGUCCGGCAACAGCGCAAAGGUCGUCAUUGUUUCCGGCAACAUCAGUGGAAAUGAAGUCAUCAAGGUCGGGUCGAACACAUCUGUUCUCGGAAAGUCUGGUGCCACCCUGACCGGUGUGGGUCUGCGCGUGAUCGAUGUGUCGAACGUCAUCAUCCGCAACCUUAAGAUCAACAAGGUCUUGGCCGGCGCCGGCGACCACGUCGCCGUCCAGUCCGCUAACCGCGUGUGGAUCGACCACGUCGAGCUGUGGUCCGACCAGACCCAUGACAAAGACUACUACGAUGGCCUUCUCGACCUCACCCACGGCGUGUACGCCGCAUCAGUCACCAACUCCUACUUGCACGACCACUGGAAGGCGUCGCUCGUCGGACAUUCCGACAGCAACGAGAGCGAGGACAAGGCAAUCCAGGUGACGUACGCGUUCAACAAGUGGCAGAACCUGAACUCGCGCACGCCCUCGUUCCGCUUCGGCCAUGGCCACAUCUACAACAACUACUUUGUGAGCAACAACGACGGAAUCAACACGCGUGUAGGCGCAGAGCUGCUUGUUCAGAACAACGUGUUCGAGAGCGUGAAGAAGCCGCUGUACAGCACGGACAACGGGUAUGCGAACGCGAGCGGCAACGAUUUUGGAGGAGCCAGCAACACUGCUGCUACUACGUCGUGGAGCUCUGUCGGGUAUUCUUACAGUUUGACCGCGGUGGGAUCUGUGAAGUCCUACGUGAACUCGAAUGCUGGCGCCAAGCUGUCUUUCUAA